AUGUUGUCUGCGAAUACCGUCCCUCCUCAAGGAGGAGACAUGACCCCCGCUGUGGCGGAGACGCAGCAGACUUUGAAGCUCUCUAGAACAAAGGAGAGGAACUUCCUCCCCCAGCAGGAGACCAGCACCUUCUUGUCCUUUUUUUCUGCAUGGAUGAAUGACAAUUUUCUCCAGCUCAACAGCUCCAAAACUGAAUUUCUAUUAAUUGGAACUCCACAUCAACUCAAGUCCUCCCCUUCCACAGUUCUAUCAUUUGCCGGUCACAUAAUCAACCCAACAACUGCCGUUACCAACCUGGGUGUCCGUUUUGACCCCACCCUCUCCUUUGACCUCCAUAUCCAACACAUCUGUAAGACCUCAUUUUUUCACCUCCGGAACAUCUCCAAACUACGCCCCUUCCUCUCCCUCCCCGUUGCUGAGAAGCUGGUCCAUGCUUUUGUCUCCUCCAGGCUGGACUACUGCAAUGCACUCCUCAUCGGGAUCUCUGGAAGAAGCCUUCAACGGCUUCAGUCGAUCCAGAACUGUGCUGCCAGGAUCCUGAUGAGGGUGCCAAAAAGACACCAUAUCACUCCCAUUCUCCAUAACCUUCACUGGCUCCCGGUUAGGUUCAGGCUGGAAUACAAAAUCUGCCUCUUGACCCAUCAGUGUGUCUAUGGUAGUGCACCAGUGUACCUUAAAGAACUUCUCUCCCCACAUGACCCGACCAGACGCCUCCGCUCCGCCAACAUCAAUUUGCUGAAGGUCCCCAAAACCAAACUGUGUUCCAUGGGGGACAGGGCUUUUCAGGCUGCAGCACCCCGACUGUGGAAUACCCUACCUGUCCACCUGAGGGCACCACAGUCGGUGGACUCAUUUAAAUCUCGCCUGAAAACGUUUUUGUUUUUGAAACUGUCAGAUGCAGAGCGGCUGCUUCACGCUUGGGCUGUAGAGCAGGAGGGCAAAAGCUCGCUUGAUCUGGAUUAUCAGUGUGAGUACAGACCAUGA